GCUUCUGACAAAACCCCCUUGACCACCAAGGCCAGCCUCUUCCUGAAAGCCCCGCUCGCUCCGAUACAGGAAGUGGAAGCGAGCAAGCGCCCGAGAGCGCGGCGGCGGCGGCGGCGGCGGCGGCGGCUUCCCACUCGGCGCGGGGCUGGCGGCGGCGCCCGGCCGGGCCCUUCCCGAGGGCCAGCGCCAGGGCCAUGCGGGCGCCCGGGCCACGGCGGCCCGCGCCGCCUGGCGCCUGAGCCCCUGCGUCCACCGUCCCGGAGCUGCCGGCGGCAUGAUCCGACGGGCCGGAGCGCCCGCGCGCGGGGACCCCGCGGGUCCUAUUCCAGAUGUUGGCAAAGGAGAGGGAGAGGAAGAGGAGGAGGAGGAUGGCGUCGGGCCUUGUCCGCCGGUCGCCCCGAAGAAUUGCCUUCUCCAGCGGGGCAUCAGUGUCCUGGAGAAGCUCAUCAAGACGUGCCCUGUGUGGCUGCAGCUCAGUCUGGGCCGGGCGGAGGCAGCCAGGAUCCUGCUGCAGGAGGCGGCUGGGACGUUCCUGGUCCGUCGGGACAGCGGCUUAAAGCACCUGGUGCUCUGUGUCCACUUCCCUUCCCUCAACGAGGGCUCGUCCGAGGUGCUCGAAUACACCGUUAAAGAAGAAAAAUCGAUAUUGUACCUGGAAGGCUCAGUUCUUGUGUUUGAGGACAUCUUCAGACUGAUUGCAUUCUACUGUGUCAGUAGAGAUUUGCUGCCCUUCACGCUAAGGCUGCCCCAGGCCAUCCUUGAGGCCAGCAGCUUCACAGACCUCGAGACCAUCUCCAACCUGGGCCUGGGCUUCUGGGACUCCUCACUGAACCCCCGGCGAGGUGGUGGGAGCCCCACGGAGCCCCCAAGAGACCCAGCCCCGGGAGCACCCCCAGCCUCCAGCCUCAGGUCCAGCGCCCAUUACGAGAACUGCUCGUGUGAAAUUGAGCUGUCCAUAGGAAAUGACCGCCUGUGGUUUGUGAAUCCAAUUUUCAUCGAGGACUGUGGCGGCAGUGCACUGCCUGCCGACCAGCCACCCCCUGGAAGCUGCCCCUCGCGCCUGCUGCCUCCCACCUCCUUUGCUACCUCACCCACCUCCAAGUGGGCCCCUCGCCGCCCAGCACCCCCUCCCCCGGCACCCCUGCUCCAACCCUCUGGCCCGCUCCGGCCUCCUCCACCCCCCUCUCCUGUUCUGGCCUGUCCUUUGCCCAGUACCCGCCCAGUGGCUGCUCCCCUGCCUCCAGAGGUCCUUCCUCCCACACCCCCGGUGUCCGCCCCCCGUCUAGCACCCCAUGCCCCAGGCCCCCCCGACCAUCCAAGCCAGCCACCCAUGGCAGCCUGUGAGAGGCUUUCACAGCCCACAGGCCUGGGCCCCCUCAGGGAGGAAGAGAUGAAGUCAGGGGCAUUUCCUGGCCCCUUGCCACAGACCCCUGCCCCUCCAGUCCCAGGGAAGAAGAACUUCCCUGCUGCUCCUCCCAGACGCCGCAUCUCUGAGAAGGUCUCCCUGGAGGACCAGAGCGCAGGGAAAGUGGACAGGGGGAUGGCCGCAGAGGGGGACCAGCUAGGUCUUUCCAGGGCAUCCCCGCUCAGCCUGCCUCCCCAGGGGACCUCAGACAGUCCUGGGGACAGGCCUCAGAGGACAACAGAACAAGGUCAGGAAGCAGCGGCCAAAGCCAGUGAGCCGGGCAGCCUGCCAGAGCCGCCGAGGAAGAUCCGACAACCCCCAAUCCCGCCCCCCAGGAGGAAACGGAUCUCCCAACAGCUGGCCUCAGGCCUUCCAAGCCCCUUGGAGAGCACCGAGUCGUCCACGAAGGAGGGAGCCCCCGAGAAACCCACGCCCGGUCCACCCAGAGAAGGCCAGAGCCCUGCCUCCCAAGCCAGGCCCCAGAGCCCGCACGCCCCGUCCAGCACCCGGCCCCAGAGCACGGCAGAGUUCAAGGGCUCCCUGGCCUCCCUCUCGGACAGCUUGGGAGUGCCCGCCUCGGCCACAGACCAGGACUCCUACUCAACCAGCAGCACAGAAGAGGAGCUGGAACAGCUGAGCGGCCCUGGGGGGAAGAAGAAGUCCUCGGUGAUCCUGGGCAAGGCGCGCCACCGUCUGAGCUUCGUGAGCUUCACCAAUGUCUUCCACGCGCUCCUCUCCAACAACCGCAAGCUGUCCAAGAGGGUGGUGGAACUGGCGCAGGACAAGGCCUCGUACUUCGGCAACCUGGUGCAGGACUACAAGGUGUACAGUUUGGAGAUGAUGGUGCGCCAGACCUCCAGCACAGAGAUGCUGCAGGAGAUCCGCACCAUGAUGACCCAGCUCAAGAGCUACCUGCUGCAGAGCACCGAGCUCAAGGCCCUGGUGGACCCUGCCCUGCACACCGAGGACGAGCUGGAAGCCAUUGUGGAGUCGGCCUUGUACAAGUGUGUGUUAAAGCCCUUGAAAGAAGCCAUCAAUUCAUGCCUGCAUGAGAUCCACAGCAAGGAUGGCUCGCUGCAGCAGCUCAAGGAGAACCAGCUGGUGAUCCUGGCCACCACCACCACGGACCUGGGUGUGACUACCAGCGUGCCGGAGGUGCCCGUCAUGGAGAAGAUCCUGCAGAAGUUCACCAGCAUGCACAAGGCCUACUCGCCCGAGAAGAAGAUCGCCAUCCUGCUCAAGACCUGUAAGCUCAUCUACGACUCCAUGGCCCUCGGCAACCCAGGGAAGCCCUACGGGGCAGACGACUUCUUGCCCGUGCUCAUGUACGUGCUGGCCCGAAGCAACCUCACAGAGAUGCUCCUCAACGUGGAAUACAUGAUGGAGCUCAUGGACCCUGCCCUGCAGCUGGGGGAGGGGUCCUACUACCUGACCACCACCUACGGGGCCCUGGAGCACAUCAAGAACUACGACAAGAUCACGGUGACCCGGCAGCUGAGCAUGGAGGUGCAGGACUCCAUCCACCGCUGGGAGCGCCGGCGCACGCUCAACAAGGCCCGGGCCUCGCGCUCCUCCGUGCAGGACUUCAUCUGCGUGUCGUACCUGGAGCCCGAUCACCAGUCGCGGACGCUGGCGUCGCGGGCCGACACGCCGGCCGAGGCGCUGUGCGCGCAGUGCGCCGACAAGUUCGAGGUGCCGCGGCCCCAGGAGCACCGGCUGUUCGUGCUGGUGGACGGGCGCUGCUUCCAGUUGGCCGACGAGGCGCUGCCGCACCGCAUCAAGGGCUACCUGCUGCGGAGCGAGCCCAAGCGCGACUUCCACUUCGUGUACCGGCCCCUGGACGGCGGCGGGGGCAGCGGGGGCCCGCCCUGCCUCGUGGUGCGGGAGCCCAACUUCCUGUGAGGCCCGGGCGCCCCCCGGCCCCUCGGGGGGCCGCAUGUCAAGACUGGCCGGCGCGCGAAGCCGAGAAGCGGGCCGACGGGGCUCCCGCUCCUCGCCCCCCCCCCCCCGCAAGCCUGCAGGAGCCCCCCAUCUGAGCGCGCGCGCACACACACACACAGUCCCAAGGUGGGUGGGAUGGAGGGCAUGCCCCCGUGUCACACUUGCUUGCAACAUCCUGAGUGUGCCUAGGCCAAGCGGGCAGAACAAUCAGGGCAGAACACUCGAGAAGAGAAUAUGAAGCAUGCAGGCGCAGCGUCCUUCAUGAAGGAGAGUGAGAGCACCCAGAGGCCAAGUUCUUCGUUAGACAGAAAGGGAAAUGAGGCUCAGAGAGGGAAGGGACUCUCCCACCAGCUGCAGCAAACAGAGCCCCGGCCUGGCCCCUGUUCCCUCACAGCCCUGCAGGCCGGUCCUUCCGCCCCACCCCCCUGCCCCCCACUCCUCCCUGUUUCACGGGAAGGGCUCCUUUCCCCAGGACUGUCCUUCGGAGGAGCGGCCUGGCCACAUCUGCCCACACCCCUCCCCCCAUGGAGCUGGGGUGUUUUGGACCCUCCCAGCAUCUCAGGAGCAUCUCAGGGUGUGUAUUGAGGAGACAAGCCCCCCCAUCCCGACAGGGGAGACUGCCCUCAGCUACCAGUGCCCACAAUCAUCCACCCUCCCCCGCAGUUUCUGAGCCCCUCCUACACCAGGACCACCCAGCAAGGCCAGCUCCGCACCUGCAUGGACAAGCCCAGCUCCAGCCACCGGAGAACACUGACGGAGCCCUCUCCCUGGUGGACACACCCCGGGGCUGUGGCAAUGGGACAAGAGAUGCUGUGUGGGGAGAAUUUAAUAAAAGCUCUUUUAAAAA